AUGGGACCACUCGGAUUCCAGCAACAAGGACCAUCAGGAUUCCAGCAGCAGCAAUACAGACUUUUCCAGCAGCCACCUGCACCACAACAGUCUCAACUUCCUGCUCAGGAGAAAAAGCCUGCUCAGGAGAAAAAGCCUCAAUUGGAGGAGAUGUUUAUGCAAUACAUGGCUAGCCAGGACACGAUGAUGAAGAAAAUGGAUGCAAAGAUUGAUAAGGUUGCACAGUCCAACCAAGCAUCCAUUCAUAAUUUCGAAGUGCAAGUAGGUCAGUUGGCUAAAUUGGUUGCAGAAAAAGAUCGAGGUAAGUUUCCUAGUACCACUGAAAUAAACCCUAGGGAAGGAGCUAUGGCUGUCACGUUGAGAAGUGGUAAGAUAUUGAAUGAAAUUAUGAAAGAAAAUGAACCCACGAGGGUUGAGAAAGAGAGUGAUAAAGAAGAGGAGCAAGUGCCUAAAGAGAAUUCUAGUGAUCAAAACCUUACUUUCUCUACAGUAAAACCUUAUGUACCUCCCAUUCCAUAUCCACAGAGGUUGCAAAAGAGGAACCAGGACAAUAACUUUAAAAGAUUUUUAGAGGUUUUUAAAAAAUUGCAAAUUAAUAUUCCUUUUGCAGAAGCACUUGCCAAUAUGCCAUCUUAUGCCAAGUACAUUAAGGAAAUUGUAUCUAAUAAAAAGAAAUUGGAAGAGUUUGCUACUGUGCACCUAAAUGAGGAGUGUGCCAGUAUUAACCUUAUGCCUUUAACUCUUUUCAAGAAGUUGGAAAUAGCUGAAAUGAAGCCAACAACAAUCUCUCUUCAACUUGCUGAUAGAUCAGUCAAGUACCCGCUUGGAGUAGUGGAGGAUAUAUUGGUAAAAGUUGGUAAAUUUUAUUUUCCUGCUGAUUUUCUAAUUCUUGAUAUGGCUAAUGACACAGAUACAACUCUUAUACUUGGGAUUGGCGUAGCAGAGAAAGAGAAAGGGGAAGAGAUUAAAAAGGUUUUAGGGAUUUGGCUUUUGUUGGUUGAGUCGGCAGAUUAA